GGUCGCUUCUGUGUGGGACCGGUGGGAAACGGACGGUCGCUAAUGUCUGCAACACCCGGUGUUUGAGUUGUGUGAUGGAGUUUCGUUAACGGACAGAAAAGCUCCGUGAAAUUUAUAUCUACUGUCUCUGUGAUAACACAGCCGUAUCUACCGGGAGCAGCCCCCCGAGCAGCAUGGCGGAUAAUAUCAUCAUCAGGGUACAAUCCCCAGAAGGGAUGAAGAAAAUUCCUUCGACCAAGAGGGAGACAGCUGCUGCUUUUUUAAAGAAGGUGGCCAAAGAGUUUGGGUUCAAUUCCAAUGGGUUUUCUAUCUACCUGAAUCGCAACAAGACCGGAGAGAUCCUUUCCCAGAACAAAACUCUGAGCCUGCUGAAGAUCAAGCAUGGCGACAUGCUGUAUCUGUUCCCGUCAGGAUCCUCCUCCUCUGGGGAGGUGAUGGACACUGCCACUCCACACUCGUCUUCUUCCCUACCAUCCGUCUCGUCUGUCUCGUCCUCCUCUUCGUCCUCCCUGAUCCCCCGGUCCUUCUCGGCGCCCCAGGUCCAGGAGGAUGAGAUCGAUCAGUUUCUGACCAAGCAAGACGGCAAGAUCUACAGAAACAAAGAUCCGCAGCUAUGUCGCCACGGUGCCCUUGGAAAAUGUGUGCACUGUGUACCAUUAGAGCCUUUUGACGAAGACUACCUGAAUCACCUCGACCCACCAGUGAAGCACAUGUCAUUCCAUGCCUACCUUCGGAAGCUGACCGGUGGAGCCGAUAAAGGGAAGUUUGCAGCUUUGGAGAACAUCAGCUGUAAGAUUAAGUCAGGCUGUGAGGGUCACCCUCCCUGGCCAGAGGGCAUCUGCACCAAGUGCCAGCCCAGCGCCAUCACACUCAACAGACAGAAAUACAGACACGUGGACAACAUCAUGUUUGAGAACCACACCAUUGCUGACCGCUUUCUGGACUUCUGGAGGAAGACGGGCAGCCAGAGGAUGGGAUACCUGUACGGCCGCUACACUGAGCACAAAGACAUCCCGCUGGGCAUCAGAGCCGAGGUGGCCGCCAUCUACGAGCCGCCACAGAAUGCCACUCAGAACAGCCUGGAGCUGGUGGACGAUCCUAAAGCUGCAGCUGUGGAUGAAAUUGCUGCCAAACUGGGCCUCUGCAAGGUUGGCUGGAUCUUCACUGACCUGCUCUCUGAGGAUACGAGGAUAGGCACCGUCCGCUAUACGAGAAACAAUGACUCUCACUACCUGAGCGCAGAGGAGUGCAUCACAGCGGGAUACUUCCAGAACCUCCAUUCAAACCCCUGCAGACUCUCUCGAGACGGCCAUUUCGGCUCCAAAUUUGUGACUGUGGUGGCAACAGGUGGUCCAGAUAACCAGGUGCACUUUGAAGGAUAUCAGGUGUCCAAUCAGUGCAUGGCUCUGGUGAGAGACGAGUGCCUACUGCCCUGCAAAGACGCUCCUGAGCUGGGCUACGUCAAAGAGUCCAGCCCCGAGCAGUACGUACCAGACGUCUUCUUCAAGGACAAAGACAAGUUUGGAAAUGAUGUCACGUUUCUAGCUCGGCCUCUUCCUGUGGAGUACCUUAUCAUAGAUAUAACCACCACUUUUCCAAAGGACCCGCAGUACACCUUCACCUCCACACAACGCUUUCCCAUUGAGAACCGUGACAUCCUGGGAGAGACGCAGGAUUUCCACAGUUUAGCAACGUACCUGUCCCAGUGCUCCUCCACGGCAUUCCUGGACAUCGUGUCAGACUUCCAUCUGCUCCUCUUCCUCGUCACCAAUGAAGUCAUGCCUCUGAGAGACAGCAUCGGGUUGCUACUAGAUGCAGUGAGGACUUCUAAUGAGGAUCUGGCACAGACCUGGAAGAAGUCGGAGCAGUGGGCCACCAUCGAGCAGCUGUGCAGUACAGUGGGCGGGCAGCCCUCCAGCUCUCAGGGUUACGGGGCCAUGGGUGGCCCCUCGCUCCCUGCCUCGUCCUCAGCCAUGUGGUCCUGCCUCCACUGCACCUUCAUGAACCAGCCCGGCACAGAGCACUGUGAAAUGUGCAGCCUGCCCCGCAGUUAAAAAAACAACAAAAAAACCCUGCCUCCUCCACGCCCCGCCCUGAUCUCGUCCCGCCCAGCCCUCCUCCUAACUCGCCAGUGACAUCGCUGCACCAGGACCAGCUGCGAGAUUCAGACACCCCCUUCUUUUGGUUUCUUAUCGCCUCACUUUGAAGCCUCAGUCCUUCACAUCUCGCCGGCUGCUGUUAAAGGGACGCACUCGUUUACAUCGAAUUCAAAAAGUAAAUCAAACCAGACUGAGUUUUUUGUGUCCCUCCUCACAGCGGCUCUGGUGAGUGGCGACGGGCUUCGUUAAGGUAAAGCACUUUUGGCCCCCAAACCCACAGCCCCCCUCCCUCCUCUGAAUAAUCCCAUAAAUCCUGCUGUGACUCAUGACAGCAAAGACUCGAGUGUUUGGAUGUCCUCUCACAUCAGUGCCCCGCUCACUCUCACGACGUCUUCUGGAAAAAUCUUGCUGUGUAUAAAUACAUUUGAGGAAUGAUA